AUGAUAUCCCGACGAAUUAGACGCGAACGUAAAGAAUGGUUAGAUACGGCCAGGAGUGAAGAAAGAAGAGUAGCAGCAAAAAAGAGGAGAGACCAAUUAUAUGCUGCUUAUGAAAGAGAAGCAGUUGUUCCCAAAGAAAUUCGCCAUGAAAUCGCCGAAGGUAAACUUACAGCCGAAGAAGCUCUUCAAGAAGCUAUCUAUGCCAGUGGAGAGUUAGAAAAAGAAGAUGAAUUCACCAAUCAAGAAGAGCCUCGACCAAUUAUUACUACUUCUCGUUCACCUUCUGAUCCUCUAACUAGAUUUGCUAAGAUGCUUAAACAUCUCUUUCCUAAUGCCGAGAAGAUCAAUCGUGGUAAGCACAUGAUGAAAGAGUUAGUUACAAUGGCCAUUGAAAAAGGACAUACUGAUUUAAUUAUGGUUAAUGAACAUAAGGGUAAUCCUUCUUCUUUAGUUAUUUCCCACUUACCACACGGUCCAACGGCUUACUUUUCAUUGCACCAUGUAGUGACUACUGAGACAGAAUCAAGCAGUGGAGCUAAUCCAGCUCUUAUUUUUGAUAACUUAACUACUCCACUAGGUCUACGUAUUAAACGGAUUCUAUCUUCACUCUUCCCGGCUUUAACACCACGAGAGAAGCCGAAGAAGAUAGUUGCUUUUGUUAAUCGGGAGGACAGUAUCUUCUUUUCUCAGUAUAAGAGUAGCUUUGCCCAAGGUAUUCCUACUUUGGAGAAGAUCAGUCCGUCUUUCACAAUGAAGCUUUAUGAGAUAAGAGCAGGCACUCUAGAGAUGGACUAUGCCGAUAAAGAGUUCGUUUUCCGGCCAUAUCUUAACACGGCUCGUAAGAAGCUCUAUCUUGGAGAAGAACUAGAUGAUUUAAAUUAG